CUUAAACGUGAGGAAAGUGAUGAUAGUGGUGAAAAAAAGCAAACAGAUACUACAAAAAAAUGGGAUGAGAAUCAAUGGGAAAGGAAAUCUGGAACAAGUGGAGGGUCGGGAAGUCAGCACGUUAUACAUUUAUUCAUUCCAGUAUCUAUUUGUAUGGCAUUUGUUAUUCUAACAAUGAAUACAAUUGGUUAUUAUACACGAAAAGAUGGCCUAUAUCUGAUAUAUACGCCAUUUACUAAGGAAACUGAUGAUACUGGAGAAAAAAUUAUGAUGUCCUUAGGAAAUGCAUUUAUUAUUUUGGGAGUUGUCGUGUUAAUGACUGUUGUGCUGAUCUUUCUUUACAAAUUUCGAUUUUAUAGGAUUAUCAGUGCAUGGUUGAUAUUAAGCAGCUUAAUGUUGCUGUCCCUUUUCACAUUUAUGUACUUGCAAGAGGUUUUCAAAAGCUACAAUACACCGGUUGACUAUGUAUUUAUUUCCUUUCUGAUUUGGAAUUACGGUGCUAUGGGAAUGAUUUGCAUACACUGGAAAGGUCCUCUUAGGAUGCAGCAGGGUUACUUGAUAAUGAUGUCGGCUUUAAUGGCACUUAUUUUUAUUAAAUAUCUGCCAGAAUGGACUGUUUGGGCAGUUCUUUCAGUUAUUUCUAUUUGGGAUCUUAUUGCUGUGCUUUGUCCAAAAGGACCGCUACGGAUUCUUGUCGAAACUGCUCAAGAACGAAAUGAACCAAUUUUUCCAGUGCUAAUUUACUCUUCUGGUUUGGUCUAUGCAUACACAUCGAUUGGUGUAAGUCCGACCGAUGAUGCCGCAGCAAAUGCUUCAUCAAAUUGUAAUGACUCUGGUGCGUUUUUGCAAGGUUUCAGCAUUUACUUUUCAAGCCUCCAACUUGGUAUUAAACUUGGAUUAGGGGAUUUUAUCUUCUACAGUGUGUUGGUUGGAAAAGCAAGCAGUUACGGCGAUUGGAAUACAACUAUCGCUUGCUAUGUUGCCAUUCUCAUUGGUUUAUGUUUCACACUUAUAUUACUUGCUGUAUUCCGUAAAGCACUACCGGCGCUCCCCAUCUCAAUAUUUUCUGGAUUAAUUUUUUAUUUCUGCACUCGUGAAAUCAUCACACCAUUCUGCACGAAAAUGAGUUUGAGACAUUUGGUCUAUUAA